AUGGGUGAAAUGAAAAAAUCGGAACACCCGCAGGGUGAAGAUAAAGAUAAAAGAGUGAAAAUACAGGUGGAAGGAGAAGAUGAGACUGGAGAGGGAGAGGUGGGUAGGAAAAAAAUGAAAAGGUUCCAACUGCCAAACCUACCAAGAUGGUGGCAGGCAAAAAUUAUUCAAUAUGCCUUUACACACCCGCAUGUCCGGGCCCGUCUUGAGAAGCAUAUGGGCUCCAACCUCGUUCGUCUUACGGAUAAAGCCUAUAUGACUGAGUUGGAAGAAAGAAUCCGUGCAGUUAACGAGGAGAAUCUCAACAAAAGAAUCUCCUCCAGAGUACUGGAUGAAAUGGAAAGGCUAAAACGGCUCAUACUCGUUGGUAAGACACCACUGAAAGAAUGCCCUCCUGAGCUCUACCAUCACCCCGUGUUUGUGUUUUGGCGGAUGGUGAACAACGAAGUUGCAAGAGCUUCAAAAAAACGUGUAAAUGCUUACUAUAGAAAGCUAAAAGCAUCGCAAAGAUUUGAUCAGACAAUAGAUGAGGAACCAGAAGCUGAGACUGCAAGCGAAGAAGGCGAGCAACUAACACCGGAACAAUUGCUUGCGAAGUGCGCUGAAGAGUUAGAGGAACUCAAGCAAGCUGACAUCGAAAAGGGAGUGCGCUUCACUGAUGAACAAUUUGCCGUCCUGAAAUAUGAAACAAAUGAUGUUAAGACACUCAAAAAUCUAACAACAGUUGAGGAGCUCUACGCUUUGGCUGACAAAAUUAUUGGAACAAAACGUCUAUAAAAUUAUGUAAUGUAAGAAAAACUUUGUUUCUCAAGCUUCGUGUAUUUAUUUUAUGUAUAAUUAUUUUAUUUUUUAAUUUUGACUCGUAUUGCUUUUACGUAGUAUCACUAUUAAGUAAUUUGUUAAGUAAAAGAAAUAGAAAACAUUUUGAUAAUGAUUUUAAGAAACAAUGUACUUUUUGUAAUAAAUCUGUUAUCUAACGUAA